AUGUCGGAAGGACUGCCCCCAGUCACAGAAUGGCCCGACUACAGCAGCCAGCCACUGGGCGCGAACCCCAUGGAGCAGGACAUUAAUGCGCCCUACAACAAGGGCGACCUCUGUUGGCUCCUCGUGUCCACAUGUCUUUGCUGGCAGAUCACCCCAGCCAUUGGCUUCCUCUACGCCGGCAUGCACCGUCGCAAGUCCGCCUUGACCAUGGUCUUUCAGUCACUCUUCUGCGCCUGCGCCGUAGGCAUCCAGUACUGGCUGUACGGAUACUCCCUCUACAUGUCGCAUACCUCGAACCCCAUCCUCGGCAAUCUGACAAAGGGCGUGCUGUACAACGUGUUGGCGUAUCCCAGCCUAGCGAGCAGCGAUGUGCCUGACAUCCUCUACGCAACAUUUGGCGUGACCUUUGUCACAGUGACGGCCAUGAUCCUGGCGGGCGCCAUGCUGGAAAGGGGUCGAUUGUUCCCGAGCAUGCUGUUCCUCCUGUGCUGGACGACAUUUGUCUAUUACUUCCUUGCAUACUGGGAGUGGAAUCCAUCCGGCUGGCUCGCCCAGCUCGGCGUCCUCGACUUCGCAGGCUCUGGACCCGUCCACAUCGCCAGUGGCUUCGGCGCGCUUGCCUGGUCGUGCAUGCUCGGCAAGCGCAGGGACCCACUGGGCGAGAGCCAACAUCCUCGCAUCCCGCACUUCCGGGGCCACAACCCCUUUCUCGUCGGCAUCGGCACCGUCUUCAUCUGGUUCGGCUGGCUGGCCUUCAACGGCGCGAGCACGGCCAACCUGUCGAUCCGCAGCAUCUAUGCCGUGCUCAAUACCAACCUCGCGGCCUGCGGUGGAGGCGUCACAUGGGCUUGUCUUGAGUAUCUGCACGCCAGAAAGUUCAGCAUCGUCGGCUUCUGCUCAGGUAUCAUCAGCGGGCUGGUCGGGAUCACCGCCGCCGCUGGUUUCGUCCCCGUCUACACAUCCUGUCUCAUUGGCAGCGUCACGUCCGUGGCGUGCUUCUACACGAACAAGUACAAGUACUUCAUCUCCAUCGACGAGGGUCUCGACAUCUGGGCCAUCCACGGCAUGGGUGGCGUGGUGGGCGAUAUCCUCACGGGCUUCUUCGCGGCCGACUUUGUCCCUGCCCUGGACGGCGUUUCGACUGGAAACCCUGGUGGCUGGUGGAAUCGCCACUGGGCGCAGAUGGGAUACCAGCUCGCUGCUGCCCUGACCUGUGCCGCCUGGAGUUUUGGUGUGAGCUGCCUGCUGUUGUUCAUCAUCGACAAGAUCCCAGGCCUGCAUCUUCGCGCCUCUGAGGAAGACGAGUUGAUGGGAUUGGAUCAGAAGUACUUCUCUGAUUAUGACAUGGAGAUAUAUGGCAUGGGUCAGUAUGGUGCGAGCAUUGAGGGGACGAGAGAGCAUCGUGCCAGCAACACGGCGGGUGUCUCCGACAGGGCGUCAGACAAUGUAUCGCCAGCGAAAAGGGACUGA